AUGCAAAGGGCCGGGCCGCCUGUCUUGCUUCCAGGCACCCCGCUUUCCAGGACACUUGGCAUCUCGGCCACAUCCGCGCCAGCCCAGGACUGCGCUAGGAGGCCGCUUCCAUCGGCGCUCCGGGGCUUACGGGGCGGAGCGACAGCAGGGGAUUCCCCGCUUCUCCUCCUCCGGGAAGAGGCACUGCCGCUCUGCGAGGAGAGCAGGGAAGGUCUCCUCCGAACUCUCACCCCCCCCACAAACUACAGUUCCCAGGAUUCUUUGGGCGAAGCCCGGGACUGUUUCAAAGGGGGUUGCCCAAACUUGGGUCGCCUCGCCUGCUGCUUUUGGACUACGAUUCCCAUCACCCCGACCACUGGUACUGGCAGCUAG